UCUUUGAAGUUAAAAGCAGUUUUUCCUCUCCUCUUUUAGGUGACGUUAUGGGUUAUACUGCCACCCACAGGUUCCAGGUUGAUAAACAGUCGUGCAUAUUCUUGAGGGGGAGGGGGUCUGUCUACGUACGCUGUCAGGACGUCAGUGAGAAUUGUGCUUUGAACUUAAAACACACUCAAUAAGACAAUAAGAUGCUGGACCGAUUCUCAUCCGUGGAGAUGAACGAGAUGCAAGACAACCCAUAGAAUUCUUGUGAACAUAUUUACCACACAGUUAGGGAUGAAUACAAUCCCAAAAAAAAUCGACUAAAUGCAUAGACGCUAGAUACACCUGAAGUAUUAUGCAUUUAUUUCUGAAAUUCUGUGCUGUGUGUCACCAUAUUUUGCAAGCUCUGAAUCACACAUCGAAUGAAGAAUGAAGAGGGAGCACUUGACGUCAGUUGAAGAUUCAUCCACAGGACCAAUAGGAUACAAACAAGCAAGAGUCAAUGCCAGCGAAUUGCCAACAUCAUUAGUGGCGUGUCACCCAUGUCUUAACGUCCUCCUGUGAGAAGUCGAUUCAGAAAAGAUUGUGUUACAGUAACGGAAAAAGAAUACAGACUGGUUGAAAUUACACAUCGGCACAGACGGUAACUUGUUCUAGUCUACACCCGCGCGUUCCACCUCUCCAUCUUCCUGGUGACCAACUGUCAAGGAAUGCGUCCAGAUAAACCUCUACCAGCCGUCAGAAGACCAUUUGAUUGAGGGAUUGUGACACGCAUGGAUGCUCUGUGAUGAUUCACUCUCUGCCGCAGCAAUGAGUUACCAAAACACCUCUUCCUCAGCCUGGGAUGUUCAAGAAGGAGGAAAUUCCACGCUAACUCCAACAUUCCCAUUCGAGUUGGAGCCCGUGGCCGUCAGUGUCAACCCCUGGGAUAUCGUCCUGUGUGUCACGGGGACCCUAAUGUCCUGUGAAAAUGCAAUCGUCCUUGCCUUAAUUAUUUACACGCCCACUCUGAAAGCGCCCAUGUUCGUGUUGAUAGGGAGCCUGGCUUUCGCGGAUCUACUGGCUGGGCUGGGCUUGAUAGUGAAUUUCACCAUCACCUAUAUCUUUGAUACGGGGUUCGUGACGCUGCUAUCAGCUGGACUGCUUAUAACUGCCUUUUCGGCCUCCGUUCUCAAUAUCCUGGCAAUCACUGUGGAUAGAUAUCUUUCAUUGUACAACGCACUGACUUACCACACGGAGCGAACGGUGAUUUUUACCAUCGUGACACUGGUGCUCAUCUGGGUGACUAGCAUCACCCUGGGUGCGCUGCCCGUGAUGGGAUGGAACUGCCUGGAGGACGAGUCGACGUGCAGCAUUUGUGCACCAAUAGAUAAAAACCACGCGGCUGCGCUGGCGGUGACUUUUCUUUUUGUAUUCGCACUCAUUUUGCAACUAUACCUACAGAUUUGCAAGAUUGCUUUUCGACACGCGCAGCAAAUCGCCGUGCAGCAGCAGUUCAUGAACGCUUCCCACUCCACCUCCACGACCAAAGGGGUAUCCACCCUCUCCACUAUCCUUGGAACGUUUGCGUUGUGCUGGAUCCCUUUCGCCUUGUACUCUCUAGUAGCAGACAUUGGAUACCCCCGCGUCUAUACCUACGUCACUGCUCUCCCGGCCAUAUGUCACUCUAUGAUAAACCCCAUCAUAUAUGCCUUCAGAAAUCCCGAUGUACAGAAAUCGAUGAGACUGGCUUGUUGUUGUGUGUCUUCCAACUUCUCUCUUCGACCAAGGACACCAAGUGAUGUCUAGGCAAUGUUUUCUGGUCAGGCCUAUAGCCUUUCAAGUAGUUACAAGCACAUAGCAAUCUUAUGCGAAAAGCUUUGUGUUUUGUUUUGCAUUUCAUCUGUAUUGAAUUACAUUACUCCUGGUGGUAUAUUUUACUGAUCAUAGCAAUAGGAUAUCUGUUCCAAAAAUAGCCGUUCAAAUUUGAAAGUGUCUUGUGUCAGAGCUUUUAGUCCAUUGAUGCGCCUUUAAUAUAGAGGAAGCCUUCACAAUACAAGUAAAGGCCUCAUAUUACACCAUUUCGAUUAUAAUGGAUGUUUUAUACGUGCGCAUCUUGCCAUGUACAAUGGUGACAUGAUAUUCCUACAACAUUUAGAGGAGCCUGGCAGACAGAAUAUGGGCAAAUACCUGUUCUGUGUCAGUACAAUAUGGAGGAAAUAAAGGACUCAUUUUGUUAAAUGCUGAUUCAUUUAAUAGGCAAUAAUGUUAGGCCUAUUCUUCGGUGGUUGAAUGUUUAUCAGAAUGCUACCUAGACGAUGUAUUGCCUAUUUCAAAGCAAUGUUAAAACUGACUCCCCAGUCGGUAAAAUGUUGGGGCUCGUUAAAGUGAGCCGAGUUUAGAUUAACGAAAGUUGUAUCACCAAGGAAGUUUGAGCUUAAUCCACGCCGGCAGUUUCAGCACUAUGCAGGUGGACAGCAAAACGUGAACCAUCGCCCGUUCAGUGCGCCAGUUGUGUGAGCUCUUUUGCGUUAUCUUCCAGAUAUAAUACAAUAAUAGUGGAGAAUACAACUCACUUGUGUGCAUAUUGAAAUCAACAUAAAGAUAAAAAAAAUAAAAAAAACAGUGUUAGCCAAAGUCUUCCAAACGAACUCGUCCAGAUAGUAUCAAUUAUUCCCAGUGUAACGAGGCACUAACCGGGAAACGUCUUAAAUUCUACACGCACGACUUCAUUAGAACUACAGUAAUCCACGUGGAACAACUAUAUGCCUAUGGCUUGCUUACACACCCUGGGUAGUCCUUACACAUACACAGGUGAUUAACUAAUAUCGUCACACCUUUUUAUUUCUUAUAACAUCGGCCAUUUCUCAUGUUUUAACAACAUGUAUGUCUAGAACAAAUAGGUGUAUGCAAUUGGUUGUAUAGAAUAGUUGUGUAUCAUUUAAGAAAUUACUAAAUUAUGCAAAUCGUAACGUUUUGUUCUGCUGUGACUGCACUUAUUUCAAUGAUUGGUUUAAAAAAGAACACCUCUAUUUUCUAUAGAAUGUUUUAAUUGUUUUUUUGUCUAACUGUGUCACUGGCAAUAAUGUAUAACUUGUGUUCAGUGAUAAACCGAAUGACAUGACAUCAUUGGUACCUUAUAGAAAGUGAAGAACAGUAUAUGAGGAUUAGCCACGUACAAAUAACUGAUUGUAUGGUGUCGUAUGAUUUCAAUAAUGUGUGGUGUACAGGACUUGAAUGAUUAACGCAACGUCUGUUGUUUAAAAUGUGCGUGGAUAACUCAAACUGUAUGUCAUCUGCUUCUUAUAUACCCGUAGUAGUUCAGCCAAAGAGCUGCAAUAAGCAACCCACAACCAGAUCCCUUCAUUUGCUAUUCUGUGAUUUCAAAGUCGGCGAGAGUUCUGCAAAUAGGCUCAGUGCAAUUGAAUUGAAUGCUAUUUCUGUGUGUGCUUCAAAGCUUGGCUUUUGGUGAUAACGUCUGAAUUGUGUCGUGUGAUUUUAAUGAUUGUCCCAGACAUCUUCACUGAUCCCGUCUGCCAUCAACACCGUCAGCCCGGUGCAUGAAUGAUUGUGCAAUGCAAUAUCUAAUCUCACAGGGUUUAAAUGUUCAUAAGGUCUUAUCAUAUUGAUAUAAAGCUAUAUUUUUAUAUAUUGACUGAAACAAAUGUGUUUAGUUUGUAACUGUUGUUCGUGUUCAUCGUUCAUUAUUCAUUUUAUUGUCUGGAAACCACUUCAAAGUGUUUUGUUCAGACACAUUUUCAAGAAAAUAUUGUUUUAAUUAAUGACUCCAAAUUAUUGCAGAAACUUGUCGGUCAAUUUUGUUUGCUUUCUCAAGUUCCUAUAGCUGUCUGUGAUUUAUUUCUGUUUGAAACACCUCACAAUAUCCAUGACCAGGUUUUAGCUUGGGUUUUCUAGUAAAAGCAAUAAACCAAAAUGGUACCAAACCAGUUCUGUGGAAAAGGCCAAUAAAUGUUUGCUUACCACU